GGCGUAGCGUCCGGUUAUGUUUCAGCUGAAGAGAAAAAUAAUAAAUUUUAUCAUUUAUUGAUUAACUAAAUAACAUGUCAUCGCUUAUUGAAAAAGAGUUGCUUGAAAAUGACCGGGCUAAAAUCUGGAAUGAGUUUUAUCAGAGAAUGAAAAAUGAAGCCUCGUUACAGACAUUAGAUAAUGAGAAAUAUAAUGUAACAGCUGCUAGAAAACCUGAAAAUAGAAAUAAAAACAGAUAUAGAGAUGUCAGUCCAUAUGAUCACAGUCGCAUUGUUAUAGAGAAAGGUGAAGAUGACUAUAUUAAUGCUAGUCUAGUUCAAGUACCAGAAGCUAACAGAAGAUAUAUAUUAGCACAGGGCCCUCUUGAACAUACUGCUGGUAAUUUUUGGCAAGCUGUAUGGGAACAGGAAUCUAAAGCUGUUAUAAUGCUCAAUAGAGUCAUAGAAAAAGGCACACUCAAAUGUCAUCAGUAUUGGCCUCUAGGUGUAGAUCAACAUCAUGAAGAUGAAAUGUUAUUUGAAGAUGUAGAAUUAAAAGUAACCUUAUUAGAAGAAGAAGAUUAUGAUAAUUAUACAAAACGUGUUUUAGGUCUCGAAGAUAUGGAGACUGGAGACAAACGAGAAAUUUUACAUUUUCAUUAUACAACGUGGCCUGAUUUUGGUGUUCCGUCUUCCCCUACAGCAUUCCUUAAUUUCCUAAUGUCAGUGCGUGAAACUGGUUGUUUAGAAACAGAUUAUGGACCAGCAUUCAUACAUUGUAGCGCUGGAAUUGGUAGAUCAGGAACAUUUUGUUUAGUCGACUCGUGUCUUGUACAGAUUGAAAGAGAAAGAAAUAUGAAGUGUGUUGAUAUAAGAUCGAUGUUAAUUGGUAUGAGAUCAUAUAGAAUGGGCCUAAUACAGACACCAGAUCAACUCAGAUUUAGUUAUUUAGCUGUUAUAGAAGGUGGUCAAAGACUAUUAGAUUUAUCUGAUGCUAACUCUAAUGUCAAACAAGUUCUGGAUAAUGAGGUGAGUGUCAAUCUGUUUGAAAUGUAA